AUGUGCUCUUUCGUGCGAGUAGGGUCCUCCAAAGGGUUGGGGCCUUCCAAGGGAUUGGGAUCUUCCCCCGAGCCAGGUACAGCUUACCCUUUAGAGAGGGGUGCCCCUGGAGGAAUGAGGGUGUCUGAGAGGAAUUCUCCCCUGAGCAUGGAGGUGGGGCUCGCCCAGGAAGGAAAGGAUGUCUUAGGAGAGAGGAGGGUCUUCAUGGGAACAAACUCUCCCACAGAGUUGGGGCUCAGAGUGGGAUUAGGAAGAGAAGGUUCCCUAUGUAGUAAUAAAUAUGAGGACAGGAUGGCAUCACUGAAAACAAAAUCUCCAUCAAGCAAGAAGCUUGAAAUAGGAUUAAAAAGACAGAAUAUUUCUGGGACCUUCAUGGAGAGGAGUAAUUUAGGAGUCAGCAGGGUCUUAGGCUCACAGGAAACAAAACCUUCUCUGAGAAUGUUGCCAGGAAGAGUGGGUUUAGAAGGUGAGUGUUUGCUGGUAGGGUGUUCUCCUGGAAGGGUAACACAGCCUUCACUGGGCAGGGUGUGUGAAAGUCCACAGACUCUAGGAAGCAAGAGACGUCCUGUGGCUGGUGACCCGGAAGGGUCAGAGGCUCCCGUGGGGAAGCAGCCUGCUCCGGCUAUGGAACCCAGACAGGAACUGGAAAGAGAGUCCACCUGUGUGGUGACGAAGCCCAGCGCAGAGAUGGAGCCUCCUGUGGAGGUGGACACGGGGCUUCCCCGACCAGAGGAGCCAGAUGACGCUAAGACUACAGAGCCCCAAAUGGGCUUGGUGAUAGAAUCUCCUGAGUGCCAGUGUGCCCAGCAACCUGAAGAACAAAAAGAGGCUGCGAAUAUUGAACCAGGAGUCGAACCUCCAGAUCGCAUCAGACCCAUAUACUCUGGCAAGUUUUUUGAUCGGAUGCCUUGUUGGCCAAGUGCAGGAAAAGUUCUUCCGAUUGGGUACAGAGUUGCAAGCUGCUUGACUGAAAAACUUCCCAGGGUGAUGACCCCACCUGAGGCAAAAAAAUUUUUCAACUUCAGAUAUCCACCUGCUGGAGCCGAAAGAGUAUUUCACGGCAGAGCAAAUGAUCCUCAAAUCGCACCUUAUUUGACACAUGGCAUAAGAUCUAAAAUUUCAAUACCGGCAAAGGUAUUGAUAAACCCACAGCCAAUUACAACAUUUCAACAGAAAAUUAAAGACAAAAAGGAAUCAGUAUAUUUUAGCAGUCGACGAGCACCGCUGGGAAAAUCUCACGAUCAGACGCCGGGAUUACCCAAAGGCCUGGAUACACUCAAUACGACGUUUGGGACAGCAGUCGUCAGAGGAUUAUCCGCUAGAGAUGUGGUGAAUCCACCAAAAUCCUAUAAAGAAGUAUUUGAAGAAGGACAGGAAGGACAUGACCUGUAUAUUGUUUCUCACAAUGAUUAUUAUGUAGGAGAAGCAAAGAACCGAAAGUAUAACCCAUCAAGUUUUCAUAGGUUUAACUUGUAUGGGGUCCCAACGCCACAUUUUAAUGAUGGACGAAACAUGGCAAAAACGUUAUAUUGGCUUCAGGAACUACAAAUGAAAAGAGGAGCUAAGAUCGUAUCCAAGAGAGUUGAUGAUUUCAAAGAAAAGUUUCAGCAUAAGCUUGGAAGAGUUUUAGAUCCCAUUGCAGAAACAAUGAACGUUCCCCCAGACCACACAUUUGGGGCUUGUCUCCAUCCGGACGAGUAUGGAGCUGGUGAUCUCAUCCACAGAAGACUUCCCGGCGAGUAUCUCCGAGGCAAGGACAGACAGCGAGCCCUGGUCGCGGCAGUGAGACAUCACUUGAAGAAAGUUAACUACCAAAACUUUGACACUUUGCUGGCCGCCUUCAGGCACUACGACAAGAAAGGAGAUGGGGCGAUAGAUAAAGCUGAACUUCGGGAAGCUUGUGACCAGGCCAGCUUGCACUUGGAUGAGAAGCUCCUGGACCAGCUAUUUGAGUACUGUGAUGUGGAUAAUGAUGGGCUGAUUAAUUACCUAGAAUUUGCAAAUUUUCUCACCUGGAAAGAUAAAACCCCCCUUAAAGAGUAUGAAGAGAGGGUCAUUAUUAAAGGUAGAAAGUCAGAUUGUGCAAACCCUGCUGAGGCUAAUGCAGAAGAAUCUGAACCAGCUCUCCUUAUAAAACCUGAAGAUAUUGUCUUCAGAGAACCAGGGAGCUCAGAAAAGACUGUCCGGACACUUCUGAGGCCAAGCGAUAAAGUUUCUAAUCACUACAAGACAACCACACCUGAAUUGGCACUAGCCCUAACUCAUGUGCUCAAUAGCCACCUGUGGCUGGUAACUGUUUUAUCUAGAAUGUCUGUUUUCCUCCCCGUCGGUGUCCCAGGUCAUCCCAUCUACGGCAUCCCAACCAUUCGGUCCGAUAUCCCUGCCCCCCGAAUUCGCCGCAUCAGUGACAGAACUAAUUAUGGCGAAGAUGGAAAUGCCUAUUCAUUACUACACCCUACUAUCUUCAGCCAGAAGGGAGUGUUUGAAAGAGACUUCUUCAAGACCAGAUCAAAGAAAGAGAUUGCCGAGAUACUUUGUAACAUUGGGGUCAAGCUUUCUGAUGACGAAUUUGAAAAUGUAUGGAAUCUUGCAUCAAAAAAACAUCACAGAGGAGAAGUUUGUGUUGAGAACAUCAGAAAUGCUCUGGAUGAGCUACUGCAUGCAGACCGGACCAAGUGCAAAACAGCCACGUGAACUUUUUGGAGUUCCUGCAUUUACACAAAACAAAUCCGUGUUCAUCUAAAAUGUUCAGUUCAUUCUGGUUUUCGAUAUUAUGUUAUAAUUCAGCAAUCACCAUGGGAGGGCUCAUAUGCCUGGAUGGUUUGCUAAUAAAUUACAGAUUUUGGAUUUUAAAAUUUAUUUUAUUGUUUCCUAUAAAACACCAAAGAAGUUGACAACUUGGCGCUUGGAGUUAACCUUUAACCUCACCAAAGGCACAGUUCAGAAUGCUACUAGAAGUUUGUCAUGUUCCGUGUGCUUAAGAAUUCCACGCAUUUUAUUUUAGUUCACUGCCUGAAAUUUGAAGUAUGGCUUGUGAUAUCAGGUUCACAAAAUUUUGCCUUCAGCACUUUGUCAUGUUUCUCUUUAGGUGUCACUAUGACACAGCGUACAUUUGAAGGGCUUUUUAGUCUAUCAUCCUCUGAGGAAAACGGAUUUAAUCACAAGGAGCGGAGUUUAGAGAGCAGAAACUGGAGUUCCAACAACGACGUAACUGCUGGUAGCUUUUAACAUCCUUCUGUGGCCAGAAAAGCGUAUUUCCUUGUAGUGUCUGAAGAGGACACAGCUGCCCACACCGUUAGAUGGAGCUUUCGAGAGUUAUUAGUAGCAAACUGUGCUGAAUCAUUCCUUCUCUCUAGCCCUGGCUCUUUGACAAACAAAUGUGAUGCCCGGGCCAGGAUGAGAUGGGGACAGUUGGGGGGGUGACCCCAACCCCAUGUGUUCUGUGUAAUGAAGAGGACCAGUGUGGGUUGAAUCCAUGACCAAAGCUUUCUCAGUAAUAUCACAUG